UGUCUGUCAGUGAUGGUUUAUGAAUGUCAAGUCUGGUUUGAGAUGGUUCUCAUCACUAUAUUAUCAUGUUAUAUCUGUUAAGUUAGUCUGGUCCGAUUUGAGAUGGGUUUGCGUCUCUGUAUCAUGAUGUUAACGUCUGUCAUUGGUGGUUUAUGGUCGGUCUGGUCUGUUUUGAGAGCUGAGUCUCAGGACAGGAAGUAGAACAUCCCUCUGAAGCGGUCUGGCUCUGAGCAAACACAUCAAAUAUUAAUCAUAAAUCUGUCUGAUCCCUCUGGUUUAUGAUGUCUGUUAUUGAAGCUGAUGCAUCACAUACAAACCACAAACGCACUGGAUUUAUUGUUUAUUACACAUUUGCACUGAUAUUUGAGUUGUGAGUGUGUAUAUUAAAUCAAAUUGAUCCAUAAUAAAAGAUUUUCUUCAUAAAAACAGAAUUGAAUCAACCUGUCAUAUGGUUUUUGUUUUGAUCUUCAGUGAAAUCAGGUCCAUCCAGAAAUAGAUCCUCUCGUCGUUUCAAACCUGUGACUUUCUUUUUUCUGAGGAACACAAAAGAAGAUAUUUUGAGGAACUUUUUUUGUAUUUUUUGAUGCUAAUCUGAACUGAAACUCUUGUAUUUUCUCAAAAGUGACAUUUAACAGCUGAUGGUCAUGUUGAGUGUUUGCGCUCUGCUGCUGCUGGCAGCUCCAGUGGCUCUUGGCUCUGACUCAGACGCACAGAGACCCCGACACGACUCCAACCUGGAGAUCUAUAAGCGUCUGUUCGAGAGCAAGAGGAAAGAUCAGCUGAACGCGCUGAAGAACCUGGUGGAGCUCAACGACGUCAACCAGCAGUACAAGAUCAUCGACAUCAUGCUGAAGGGCCUCUUCAAGGUGCUGGAGGACUCCAAAGCUGUUCUUAUAGCUGCUAACGUGCAGCCGGAAGAUCCGUUCCCACUCGAUGACAAAAUCAAAGAAGCGUACUCUCACGUGGUGGAGAACACGGCUUUCUUCGGGGACGUGGCUCUGCGUUUCCCACGUAUCGUCCAUCACUACUACGAUCGUAACGUGGACUGGAGUCGUCUGCUGCGCUGGGGUCUGCGCUUCUGCAACCUGACGGGCGUCUUCAGCGGAGGAGCCCAUCAGCACGUGCUCACGCUGAUGUCACAGGAGCUGGGAAUCACAGAGAAAUCUGCAGACUUCGUCAAUCCGUAUCGCACCGAACGAGAUGACGUGCUGCACACGGCUGAGGCUUUCCAGAAGAUUCUCCGUGAGGAAGAGAAGAGGAGGAGGAAGGAGGAGAAGAGGAAAGAGAUCCGGAAAGGGCCGCGGAUCUCUCGCUCUCGCACCGAGUUAUAGAUCUGACUGAAGAUCAGCCGUUUACACUCAAUCAGGGAAACCCGUGCUGAAUCUGCCACGGGCGUCGACGUUUACAGGUUUCAGAACGAGUCUCUGAUUCACAACACUUGAAUCGCUUCUGCUUUUAACUCUGGUUGAUUCAGGAGGAUCUUCAUUUGAUUCACCGCUGGUCAUGUGAGUGUGUGUUUAGUGCUGUAGCUCUGUGCUAAAGGGGGAGGAGUCAGGGUGGUGGGAGGAGUUAAUAGGGUGGGGUCACUAUAGCCUUUGCUAUAGAGUGGGUGGAGUCAGAUUAAUGGGAGAAUGGGAUGGGGAAAGUGGGCGUGGUCAAAGUGAGUCUGUUUCUUAGAUGAAGGUAUUUUGAACACUGAUAUUUCAAUAUUUAACACAGUUGAUAAGUUUUGAUAAUAUAAAUCAAAAAUGGAAGUUCCCACAUAUGAAAUUCAGUUGUUUAGAUUCAAUAUAAAUGCUUUAUUUGGGGGUACUUUAUAGUCUAAUAAGAGAAUUGUGGGUAAUUAAUAUCUUUCUGCUUUCUUUAGAAACUAUUAUUCAUUAAAAAUUUGCAUAUUGUCUGUGUGUGUGUGUGUGUGUGUGAGAGAGAGAGACUGAUGAUCUGACCUGAGAUCAGAGCAGCACUGCCAUGAGAGAAACUCUUAAAUGAUGGAUCUGAAUCAAACUGAUAUCAGUGUGAAUGCGGUUCUGAUUUGCAUCGGUUUUUCCAGCUGCUGAAGUGAGAUGAUCAUCUGAAACAGCUUAAUUCUGUCUGAGAGGCUUUAUCAAUCUGUUCAUGUGACUGUUAUUGAAAUCUGUACAGCAUCAGUGGGAGAUUAUUAUUGACAGAAUGAAUAAAGUUUAUUUAACAAACUCUA